UAUAACCUAGCUUUCUUCAAUACUUACACAAAUUGAAUCCUACCAAUUUUUUAGGGGCACCGUAUUUAUUGUUUCUCUUAUCCCCCCAUCUGAUUACAGCCGAAAAAGAAAAAGAAAUGAAAGUAAUAACUGCUAAUUUCAUGACUUGCGCUGUUAAAGGUUGCAAGACAUCCCCCACCUCAUUCCCGCUUCAUUUUCAUGAUGCCGAAUUAGAAUUGCAGGAGCUGGAUUUCCAACCACAAUUCAUACGCAACAUUAUCUCGCGAAUUGAUUGGGAUGGGCUGCAGGUCACUGUUAACGAGGUACUUGGUUUCCCAAAGAUUCCCGAUUCGAAGCCCGAGGGCGAAACACUGAAUGAUGAGCAAAUACUUAAGGACCUUCACCGUUUACUCCUAGAAACUCAGGUUAUGGAAGGGAAAUUAACAUGCGGAAACUGUGGCCAUGAGUAUAUGAUCAAGGAGGGAAUUGCAAAUUUUCUUCUCCCUAGUCAUUUGGUCUAAAAUCUCUGCGACGGGUUAUGACGAAACCCAAAGACAAAAGCGAUGCGGAUUAGGACGCCGACUGAUCCCAAUUCUAUAAUACUCUUACGUUUUCUUGCACCACGCAUCAAUGGAUCUUCCAGUCCAUACACAUCAUCAAAAUUUAUUUCCUCCGUUCAACAUAGACUAGCUAUUAUCUGGAUUAUAAGGUACAUGACAGUAUGUAGUCCAU